AUGUCUGCCUGGAUUAGUCAUGUCAAGGGUAUGGCUCUGGAUUUGGAGGAUGUUGGUGUGACCAUGGAUGAUGAAGACCAGAUUCUUGCACUUACGACUGGACUCGACAAAUCAUAUGAUUCAUUUGUCAUCUCACUCGACUCGAUGGCCACUGCAGAUCUUACUUUCACUCAUGUGGUCAACUGCUUACUCAAUGAAGACAUUCGGCAAGGUGGCAGUGCUAGUGAGGAGGUGCACACUGCAUUAGUCAGCUCAGCUCAAGGGCGCAGACCCAGUGUCUGCUUUCAGUGUGGGAAAGAAGGUCACAUUCGGGCAUUCUGCAAAGAG